AUGGAGAACCGCGUCACUCAUUCCGGAUCGCAUGGUCGUUCUUCUUAUUUUGCAGAAUAUUCAGGAGGAAACCCAGCUCCGCCUCCCUUGUUUUCUUCUCCCGGUCUAGAUGAAGGGGCCUCGCAGGACAUGUUCUACCUCGCCAGAGCUUCUAGCUCUCACUCUGUCGUGGAUCGACAACUCGUGCAUCCAACCCGUGCCCCGAGAAUUGCCACCGACCAGUUUGUUCCAUACGAGCAGUUUUCUCAAGGAUCUUCGCCCAUUCGUUUACAGCGUGCUGCAACCUUUCCUAUUGGUCCCAACGAUGUGCACCUAAGUUUUAUUCCUAUAGUUCCGACAGCACGAGCCCAUGACCAUCUGGAAUCUGUCACUUCCCCACAGCCCGCCCAAGAGAAUGAGCCAGCUCAUUCAUUGCCCCCUCCGCAAGUCCGACUAAGUCCUCCGCCUGCUAGCACGCUACUUGUUCCUGGACCACGCGCACCAAGGGUCCGCAGACCUCCCAAAACAAUGCACCGAUGUUCUGUCUGCGAGAAGGAAUUUCCUCGACCAAGCGCUCUGGCCACACACCUACGAUCCCACAGCCAUGACCAGCCAUAUUCAUGUAACUUUCCAGGCUGCACCCGUUCCUUCAGCGUCCUCUCGAAUGCACGACGGCAUGAAAAAACCCAUUUUCCGAGACAGUCUUCUAGUUCCGCCGCCGCCGAUUCAGAGCAUCCACCGUCUCCUCCCUUGCCAUAUAGCGUCAAUUUCGACAGCAUACAAGUUGCUCCACCCUUCACGCCGCCGCCGCCGCCCCCUUCGGCAUCUGGAUCGAGUCAUCGUGAGCCCGAUGCUGCACCCUACCGCGUCCGAUGGUUAGAACCCAACUACUCCUCACGGAGAAGCAGGUCCAGAAGAGGCUCUGAACGAGAUGACCAGCGUUCUGUGAAAUGA